GAUCGAAUCUCGUUUAUUUUCGAAGUUAAACCAUAGAAAAUAUAAGCAUAACAAAAUUUAUCUGAUCUCUAUAUUGAUAUUUUAAAACAUGAGAUAAUAGAUAAGUUUUAUAAAUUGAACAUUCUAUUCUGUACAUUGUCUUUGUGCAGGUGAUAUGUGCAAUUUUCUCUUUCGCAAAUGUUGUAAAUGUUUGUAAAUAUUUAGAGCAUCGUAUAUAUUCAUGGAACAAGAUGUUAAUCUCGGACGAGUUAUAAUAAAUAUAAAUAUAUACGAUGUUAAAAAUGUAUGCAAUAUUUUAAAUCAAUGUACAGCUAAGUCUAUAUAUGGGCGCAAUUUUAAAGAGUGGAAUUAAAAAAUUGUGUUUUCGCAAUGCUAUCCGAAGUUGACGUAUUUAUCAGUAAUUAUACUCUUGUUGAUCCUGAAAUAUAUCAACUUUGGGUUGAUGGCCAUUCUUCAAGCGAAGCAGUAAAUAUUUUACAUCAACGAGGAAUAUGUCAUCAAACAAAUGCUCCGAUUGAAUUAGUAGCUUCUGAUAUUCUUGAUCAUUAUCGGACUUAUGCUCUUUUGGAAAAAUUACUUCACACUCCUACUAAAUUAGCGAGUGAACAACUCGCAUUUCAAAUAGAACCACAAACUAGUCAGAUGCUUAUCGAAAUGUACUAUGAAUUCGAUGAUGUUGUUAUUAGAGAAUUAUUAGGUAAAAAAUUAACAUCGAAAAGUAGAAAAGAUAUGGAUGAGGUAUCGGAAAAAACAGGUAUAACUUUGAAAAGUUGUCGUCGGCAAUAUGACAAUGUAAAAAGAGUGUUCAAAGUAGUUGAAGAUUUGCCAGGUUCUUUGGCUGCCAAUAUUGAACAACAUUUUUUGCUCUCUGAAGAUCUUGCUAAGCGAUACGCCGCUGUGGUAUUCGUAGCAUGUCUUCGAUUUGAAAUGAAUAAGAGAAAGCUUCAGUUUCUGACAUUUCCUGAUUUAUAUCAUUGUGCCAACAGUAUGAUGUCAUUAUGGACAUAUCGUUGUGUAGGAUCGGAAUAUUUUGAUACUGAUUUGGAUAGAGAAUUUUUGUUGGAGUUAGCAGAAUGUAGGGUACUUUUGGAAAAUGAUAAACAUCACAAACAUUUGGUAUGCAUCAAGCUUAGACCUUUACUUUUAGAGCGUAUUUAUCAAGAGAUAGAUGCAAAUUUUCGUUUGUAUACAAGAGCUAUUCUAGGAAUAGGAUGUAAUCUUCAUCGUUCCAGAGAUUUACGAUUUUUCUUCUUAGAAUUAGUAGAAAGAUGUAUAGAACCAUGGCGUCAAGUAAAUUGGACACAUACAGAUCUCAGAAAUUUUCUUUCAGUCUAUACUCAAUGUGCAUUAGAUAUGGAUGUUCUUAGAGACAAUGAAUUGAGAGAUGCUUUUGAACGUUAUAUGACUGUUGUUACAUGUUGUUUAUUGCGUAUGUAUCAUACAUGACUAUUAACAACUAAUGAGGAAAAUAUAAUGCAAAAAAUAAAUGCAAUUGGGAAUGAUGACAAGUAAAACGUAGAAAAUAAAACAAAUCGAGAAAGAUGUAGCUAUAUUUAUUUAUUAAAUUUUCAUAAUAAAUAAUUAAUAAACAAA